UUUAAGUAAACUCUCCAAUCAUGGAAGACGCCACCGUCGCCGACGAUAUCGACAGCCGCUGCUCCACUCCCUUCGUCAGCGCCCCUUCCAGUCCCGGCCGCGCCACUCUUCUCUCCGGAUUCUACUUCAGCGCACCCGCCAGCCCCAUGCAUUUCGUGCUCUCCGCCACUGCUCUCAAAUCCUACCCCUCCGCCGCCGAUUCCAGCUGCUUUGAUUUCGAUUUCUCAGCCACGCUGCCAUCCACCGCCGCAAACUCGCCGGAACACAUGAGCUCCGCCGACGAGUUGUUCUUCAACGGUCAGAUCCGGCCAAUGAAGCUCUCUGCUCACCUCCAGCGCCCUCAGAUUCUCGAUCCGCUAAUCGAAUCGGAGGAAGGCAGAGAUUUGAAGCUCCGCGGCGGAUCGGUGCGGCGGGGUACCAGAUCCAUGUCGCCGAUGGGGAGCCAAACGACGCCGUUGGAGAAAUCCGGAGAAAUCGAGGAGAAAGGAGCGGCGAGGUCUUCGUCGAAGCGGUGGAUAUUGCUGAAGGAGUUGGUGUACAGAAGCAAGAGCGAAGAGCGAAACGAAGGCCACAAGUUUUGGGGAGGCCUGUCGAAGAAAGUGGCGCACAAGGAGAAGGAGAAGAAAAAGAGAAAUAAUGAUGGCGGUAAGAGGAGGGUGGUCUCGGCGUCAGCGCACGAGCUGCAUUACACAGCCAAGAGAGCGAAGGCGGAGGAGUUGAAGAAGAAGACGUUCCUUCCGUACCGGCAGGGGCUGCUUGGGUGUUUGGGCUUCAGCUCCAAUGCCUUUCCCAAAGCUUUCACUACUGUUUCUUCUAGCUAACAACCACACACACACACACACACACACAUAUAUAAUAUAUAUGAUGAAAUGAAAUCAAAUGGGUGGGUGCAUGGAUUAGCAGCGAUUCAAAAUCAUUAUAUGAUGAACUAGUAUACUUUUUUCUAUCAAUUGCAUGCGAUGGAAGUAGUCAUUAACUCAUUAUUUUGUUACCACUUUCUAUCAUCUAUGAUUGUUAUAUGAGGAUAGAAUUGGGUAGAAAUUAAUCCUUCCGUAAAAUUUAAUUUUGAUCAUUGAUCUUUAUAUAAUUCAAGAUGUAAUCUAAAUUGAUGAUUUAUGACUAUAUACGUACAAGGCAAUAAUUCGCUGCAUUAAAUGAUACUAAGUCAUCAACAAAUCAUGAAAU